AUGACAGAAAAUGUGCCGUCCAAUUAUAUUCAGCUUGGGUCACCUGUAGUCUCAAAUGUUGCACAAACCUCCAGUAAUAGUUAUUUGCAUUCUACUAUUGAAAAAGAGAAAACGAGAUCACUAAUAUUAGGGAUUCGUUAUUCACCUUUUCGUAAUCAAGUGGCAUAUUAUGACAUAGGAGAUCUAGUUUUUAAAUGCCAACAUUGUAAUGCACUCUUUUGGGAUGAUGAAAAAUUGAGCAAUGGGAAAGUCAAUGGUGGGCCAAGAUAUUCAGGUAGUUUGUUACCUGUUGAUGGAAAUAAACCAAAAUUUGCACAACUUUAUAUCCAUGACCCCGAAAACGAGAUUACAAAUCGACUUCAAUCUGUUAGGGGUAGUAAUGAUAUCAAAGAAUUGCAUGAAGAUAUUGUUUCUGAUCUUCAAAUAGCAUUGGAUGAGAAUAAUGUUCUGGUUAAAUCAUUUCGGAUGGCUAGAGAUGCAAUACUCAAAAAUGAAAGAGUUGAUGUCAAAAUGAAAUUGAUUGGGAAGCGCAUCCAAGAUCCUCAAACAUACAAUUUAACGAGUGUUUCUGAGGUUGCUGCUAUAAUUGUAGGUGAUUUGGAUCCAACAUUGGGUGAACGAGAUAUAUUGAUCGAAACAAAGUCAGGCGUGCUUAAGAGAAUUAGCGAACUUAAUCCAGCAUAUCUUCCCCUGCAGUAUCCAAUUCUGGUCCCAUACGGUGAAGAUGGUUAUAGAGAGGAUAUUCCUUUUCAUGUUGAAAGAAAUAUUCACAAUGGAGCAAGGCAUAGUGUUUCUCUUAGAGAAUACUUAUCAUUUCGAAUUCAUGAACGGGUUAAUGAGAUUUCUACUUUUUUGUACGCUAAAAGGUUAUUCCAACAAUUUUUAGUGGAUGGGUAUACGAUGGUAGAAUCUGGGAGAUUGCUUUAUAUUCGCACACAUCAACAGAGCCUGCGUUGUGGAUCAUAUAAAGGAUUGUUUGAUGCAUUGACGCGUGGGGAACUUGAUUCGCGUAGCCAAGGUCGACGGAUUGUAUUGCCUUCUAGCUUUACUGGUGGUGCACGGUAUAUGGUUCAAAAUUACCAAGAUGCAAUGGCAAUUUGUGCUUGGAUUGGUUAUCCAAAUAUAUUCAUUACCUUUACAUGCAAUCCAAAGUGGCCAGAAAUACAAAGGUUUUUAAAUAGGCGUAACUUGAAUGCUGAGGAUCGCCCAGAUAUUAUGUGUCGCGUCUUUAAAAUGAAAUUGGGGGCUUUGAUCAAAGAACUACGUUCUGGAACUGUUUUUGGUAAAAUUGUUGCUGUGGAAUUCCAGAAGCGAGGCUUGCCACAUGCACACAUACUCCUCUUUGUUGAUCGUGCUCAGGCAUCUAAUUUGGCUGACAAUGUUGAUUCUAUUAUCUCUGCAGAGAUUCCCAAUAAAGGCAGUGAUACGGAGUAUUACACUGCUAUAGGAGAAUUUAUGAUCCAUGGUCCGUGUGGUUUGGUUAAUAAAAAAUCUCCGUGCAUGAUUCAGGGGCGUUGCUCAAAACACUUUCCUAAGAAAUUUGUAGAAUCUUCGGUGUUUGAUUGCAAUGGAUAUCCUAUUUAUAGACGUAGAGAUGAUGGUAAUACAGUUCUUAAAAGUGGUGUUGAAUUGGAUAAUAGAUUUGUUGUGCCCCACAAUAGAUAUUUGUUGAUGAGAUAUAGAGCGCACAUUAAUGUAGAGUGGUGUAACCAGUCUCGCUCUAUCAAGUAUUUGUUUAAAUAUGUUAACAAAGGUAAUGAUCGAGUAACUGCACAAUUUUAUAAGAGCACUGAAAGUGAGGAACAUGGUGCAGUUAUUGAUGAGAUUAAUAUGUAUUAUGAUUGUCGGUACAUUUCUCCUUGCGAAGCUGCAUGGCGUUUGUUCAGUUUUGACAUCCAAUUUCGCAAUCCAUCAGUUGAGCGGUUGAGCUUCCACUUGCCUAAUGAGCAAAGCAUUGUAUUUGAUGAUGAUGUUUCUGUUGCAGCGAUCCUUGAAAGGCCAACAAUUAAGAAUAGUAUGUUCCUCGCAUGGUUUGAAGCUAAUAAGCGAUAUCAUAAUGCUAGAAUGUUGACUUAUAGAGAAAUGCCCAAUUCUUUUGUGUGGAAUAAAAAGGAACGUGAAUGGCAGCCGAGGAAAAGAGGAUUUUCUAUAGGUCGGAUGUUCUAUGUGCCACCUGGUACUGGUGAGAUUUUUUACCUUAGGUGUUUAUUAAAUUGUGUUCGUUGCCCGACCUCUUUUCAAGACAUUCGUACUGUUAAUGGUAUUGAAUAUUUGAGCUUCCGGGAUGCAUGUUAUGCUCGUGGAUUGAUUUCAGAUGAAAAAGAGUAUGUUGAGGCAAUAGUUGAAGCUAGCCAAUGGUCAACUCCCACUGCUCUGCGUCGGCUAUUUGUAACCCUUCUCAACUCAAACUCAAUUUGCCAUCCUGAGAAAAUUUGGCAUGUAGUUUGGCCUCACCUAUGUGAUGAUGCUGAAUAUACACAACGCCGCAUUCUAAAUAAUUCAGAUUUAGUUCUAUCAGAGAGCGCGAAGCAAAACUACGGAUUGGUUGAGUUGGACAAACUAUUGUCUGCUUGGAGCAAGGGUUUGAGUUCUUAUCCGAGUAUGCCGGUUCCAGACAUGUCUUCCGCACACGUGUCUGGCAAUCGUUUACUGCUUGAAGAGUUAUCUUACGAUUGUCUUUUGUUGGCUAAUGAACACGAGGACUUGGUUCGAAAACUUACUGCUGAACAAAAAUAUGUUUAUGACACUGUUUUGGCUUCAGUUUCAAAUCCCAAUGGAGGGUUGUUUUUUGUUUAUGGAUACGGUGGUACUGGGAAAACAAUCGUGUGGAAGACGCUGUCUGCUGCUUUACGCUCAAAGCGUCAGAUCGUUCUGAAUGUGGCUUCAAGUGGGAUUGCUUCGUUAUUGAUGCCUGGUGGUCGUACAGCACACUCAAGGUUUGCUAUACCAAUUGUUGUUAAUGAAGAUUCGACCUGCAAUAUAUCGCAAGGGAGUGAUUUAGCCGAGCUAAUCACUAAAUGCAGUUUAAUCAUUUGGGACGAAGCACCUAUGAUGCAUAAGCAUUGCUUCGAAGCUUUGGAUAAGACGAUGCGAGAUCUGUUGAGGUUUUCAAAUCCUUUGAGUUCUACUUUGCCAUUUGGAGGGAAAACAGUUGUCCUUAGUGGUGAUUUUCGUCAAAUAUUACCUGUUAUACCAAAGGGUAGUAGGCAACAAAUUGUUGGUGCGAGCAUCAAUUCUUCUUAUCUCUGGCAUCACUGUAAAGUUUUGCGACUAACUAAGAAUUUGAGGUUGAAGGGUGCAACUUCGGAUGAAGAAAUGAGAAUGCUAUCCGAUUUUAGUAAUUGGAUUGCUGGAAUAGGUGAUGGAAAUGUUGGUGAACAAAAUGAUGGCUAUGCAGAGGUCCAAAUUCCACCUGAAAAUAUCUUGAAUCCAAAUUCUGAUCCAAUCCAAGCGAUUGUCGACAGUACAUUUCCUAUGUUUCGUGAAAAUCAGAAUGACAACAAUUAUUUGCUUGGCCGUGCCAUUUUAGCACCAACUCUUGAGAUUGUUGAUGAGGUUAAUGAAUACAUGAGUAGUCUGAAUGUUGCAGCAUGUAGAACAUAUUACAGUUCCGAUUCAAUCUGCCCAACUGAAAACACCAAUGAGACAAUUGCUAGCCUACACACACCUGAGCUACUAAAUGGCUUGAAAUGUUCUGGUUUACCUAAUCAUACCUUGACUCUGAAAGUUGGAUCUCCAGUCAUGUUACUGCGAAAUAUAGAUCAUUCAGCUGGAUUAUGCAAUGGGACAAGGUUAAUUGUUUCAAAACUAGCUGAUCAUGUGUUGGAAGCUAAGGUGCUAUUUGGAACAAAUGCAGGUUGGCACAAUGUAGAUAAAGAACUUAAAGAUAUAAUUUGGAACGAUGUUAAGGGACAAUUUUCCAUUGAAGAUGAUCCAAAGAGGAAGAUAGUAAUGAGAAUUGCAUCAACGCGAUGGAGAGAUUUCAAAAGUAUGUUGAAGCGUGAGCAUCUUGACAAUAAGCAUAAACUCUAUGAAUCUCCCGUUCAACUCUAUGAUUACUUGAGUGAAGCGCAAUGGACACAGUUUGUUGCACAUCGCCACAGUGAGGAGUUCCAGGUGUUGAGUCAGGAAUGCAAUGAGCAUUCACACUUCUUACUUCCUAGCUCGUCAUUACUGUCCAGUGAUCGCAGUUUUGAUUGGGUACGCGCAAAACUUCAGAAGUCAGAAGAAGGAAGUUAUUACAUUCCAAAUGAGAAAACAGAUGAGGUGUUUCAUAAAAUUAUAGAAAAAUGUGAUGAAGUUAGUCAAGGCACAUUUCAACCGAACAGAUAUGAUGACAUAUUGACAUCGGCUCUUGAUACAUCAUAG